UGCACCCAUCAUAUCAUCUGAUGACGAUCAUCUCGUCAUUUGUUGAUCUUCCCGCACUCCUCACCAUCCUCAUAUGCCUCCUCCACCGUUGUGACGCCAACUAUGAAGUCGAGUCGGUCUCCGGGUCAGGGAAUUUGCUAUCGACAAAGCUGAAACUUGUAGGCGGGACGGCGGAGUUCGGUCCAGAUGUCAAGCGGCUCAAUUUGACUGCAAGCCUAGAGACGGACAACUGGCUCCACGUGCGCAUCACUGAUGCUAACCAUUCGCGAUGGGAGGUACCCCAGGACGUUAUCCCGCGCCCAAUGCUGGCGUUGGAGGACGUCUUGCUACAUUCCUCGGGCAUGAGCAAUGCUUCCUUGCCCGGCAGCCGCACCAUGUCCAGCGAGUCUUCAGACCUGACCUUCACCAUCCACACCGCCCCGUUCCGCUUCACCGUCUCCCGCCGCUCCACCGGAGAUGUCCUCUUCGACACCUCCGCCACACUCGUCUUCAAGAACCGGUACAUAAUAUACAAAUUAGAGAAAAUAAUAGAUAUGAAAAAGAUGCACCUCGGCAAUAUCUUUCCAACGGUGUAUCAUUUGAUUCAUUCCGACGAGCGGUUUAGAAAAAAAUGCGGAAAAAAUACGCUCGCUGCAUCCCGUCAUGCGGGCACUGUUUUUGAAACUGCUCUUAAACCGCGACGAAUCUUGAAAAGUGUUCAACAUGACGAGGCUGCGCAUUUUCCUUAG